AUGGAGGUCAACGCCGCGCCUCAGUUGGGCCUAGAUGGACACCUGGACGACGAUCUAAUCAACUAUGAUAGCGAUGCCGAGAAACCCUUCGACCACACUGAGAACAUAGAGGCAACAGAACCCGUCGAGACUGUGGAUCCCGACAACCUAGGAGGCGAAGAACAAGGAGAGCCUGGCAUAGACGAUGAUGGCGCUCAUGCCGAGGUGGAUUUUUUCGAAGAUGGAGAGGAAACCGAACCCGCUACCUUCCAGCCCGUAAUCGCACCUGCCGACGAAGACCCUGAAGAGGGCCAAGAGAUACCACACGAAAUAGACUACGAUUUCGAUGAACCAAUCCACCAAGGGAACGAAGCUCUGGCCGAGCGUGAAGAUGAAGUGUCUGAAGAGCAACAGCACUCAGAGGAGAACCUUCACGAGAAACGAAUUGUGGAGAAAGAUGAAUCCGCAAACAAGAACGGGGAUCAUGAAAUCAGCUGGGAGGGAGACGGAGAACAGGGGGACGAUGAAGAAGGUGUUGCGGCUGGUGAUGUUGACGAACAUAUAGCUCAAGAUGAACCGCCUACAUCUGAAACAGAGCAACAGCCUGCCGCUGAGCAGCAUGGUGAUGUGGCUGGUAGUGGAGAAGAAGAAUCCUAUUCUGACAACUCAGAAGCACCUGGGGACGAGAUGGAGCAUGAUGAGGAACUGCAAGAUGAUGCUGAGGAGCAGCCUCAUUCGCAGCAGGGAUACUCUGAUGUUGACGAGCACGGGUUCCCCGCGAUUACUGUGCAAUACAAAGGAGAUGAAUUCCCGUUCUUCUCCUUAUCUUCCGAGGGGUUCUUUUCGCAGCUUUCAGUUCUGGAUGACAACCUUGAGUCCUUGUUGAGUGGCUUGCGCGAAGAGCUUGUGAAUGAACUCCUUCCUGAAGAUGACCUUGUAUUUCAAGUAGAUGGGCUUGGACUAGAGUUCGCAGAGUCAUCAUCUCCCGAAGUUUUGACCAAUAUCACAUUGAGGCAAAUACUUGAAGUUUUUGACAUUCUUGUCAAAAACCAGGAUCCCGAAAGCAACCGGCCACUAUAUACUUAUCUCUUCACCCGGCCUAGUACUAGCAAACGACUUGAAUUCUUGAUGGAAAGCGCCACCGAGGGCAAGGGACUGGACGAAGUCAUCCAUCUCUUUCAGAACCCAGUGCACCAUCAUACUGGCCGUACAGAUGUCUCAGUCGGCGAUGAUUUCGAUACCCAGGUAGACGAUUAUGAUAGCGCUGAUAAUGACCAUGCGACCCAAGAACAAGAAACACGAGAUGUCUCGGAAGUGGAAAAGGCGCACGGACAAGACUGGGAGGCAGUAGAAGAGCAUGCAGUACCACCUCAGCAAGACGACACUAACAAUGUCUACCAAGAUGAUGAACCUACCAAUGAUCCUGGAGACUUUGGUAUUCAAGAUAACCACGUGAUGGAGGAGACAGACAAAGUGACCGAGCUCUUCGACGAGGCCGUAGCUUCAGGAGCUCUGGCUCCAGAAGAUGAUGUUGGAGAUGGAGAGAACCCUGACCAAGUGGGGGAUGAAGAUCAUGAUUUGAUCGGACUUGACUUCGAUGAGCCUCCUGAGGUACUCGGCAGCAGCCCGUCUGGGACGGAAGACAAAGCGGUUGAAGGCUUUUUUGAAGAUGCCAAUGCAAACCUCGCUGCCACAGAUGCCAGCACUACGACAACGACAGUAAAAGAUGACGGUGAAGAGACAUCUACACCUGUCGAGAUGGCUGCUCUUGACACAAUAAUCGACGCGGCCGCUAUGGACAGCCUGGUUGAGCAAGAUGAUCUCGCAGAAAUUGAUUGGCGAGAUGAGGCAAUCCCUCAGCUGAAUAAUGGAGCCGCUGGGGAUGAAACGUCCGGUGCUGUAAAACGAGCCCGUGGUGACGAUGAUGUUGGCGCUGAAGAUGACAACAAUGCCAAGCGUCAACGUUCCUAA